AUGCCUGCUUCGGUAGAAUCGAAGCAAAGUGACGAUUCCGACACGGUUCCAUUUACCAACGUGGAAGAUCUGUUGAAAGUGAUUGAUGGCACUAUCAGGGCGGGCAGGGACUCGCUUACCGUCACAAAUGUAUCCCUCAAUCGUUUCACCGAAUUCGACAAGACCCGAGAAGAGCAACGCCGCAGGUUCCGCUUCCGUCAUUACGACACAUUAUAUACCGAGUUUCUCUGGAAGGUUCGCGAUAUGGGUUUGAGGAGUUGGAUAAGUCUCGCCAGUGAAACACUUUCAGCACAGGAUCAUUCUGGAUGGAGGUGCAAAGAGGGCGAUUCAACCGGUGGCCCGACGCCCAAACGAGGUGCUAAAUCCGCUUGGCCGAUCCUUGUUGUCGAGGCAGGAGUGUCUGAGACAAUACAGCAAUUGCGUCUAGACAUGCGGCGGUGGUUUUCCAUGUCGAACCACCAGGUUAAGAUGGUACUCCUCGCCAAAUUUGACGGUGACAGCAGCCAAAUCGUUUUGGAGAAGUGGGAAGAAGAGGCCCCACCAGUACUCAGACAAACCAUCACAAUUAUACGAAAUACGGCUACCGAUCCAGUAUCUUACGAUAUCACUGGAGCCCCAUUGAUUCUAUUAUUCCGACUUCUCUUUCUUAGAGGGCCGGGCCCUGGGGAGGGCGAUUUCGUUUUGAACGUUCCAGAACUUAAGGAGUACGCGGAAAAGGUUUGGAGCCGAGUGUAG